AUGGAUGCUCCGCCACCACCGAUCCCGCCCCGGCCGCCGGGAUUUGAAAUCGGAGGAGGGGGACCGCCGCCUUUGCCGGCGCGGAACAACCCGCCGACCAGAGAGGCCGUUCAAUUACCUUCUUCGCCUCAGCAGCAGCAACCAAGCUUUCAGGCACCCCCUCCGCAGGCACAGUCACAGCAAUGGCAGCAAGCCCAAUGGGAUCAGUGGCAGGAGUUCUUGAAGUUCCAACAACAGCAGCAGCAGCAGCAACAGCAACAACAACAACAAUCACAGGAACAGUAUUCAGCACCUCGGUCACAAUCGCACCAGGGAGGGAACUCGAACGCACCACCUGGCUUCGGUCCCCCUCCGACACAACCACCACCUCCCCCCUCCCAGUGGAAAGACCACUUCUUCUACAGCAACGGGAAUCCGACUCCUCCAUUCAACAACCUUAUGUCCAUCUUCUUCUCCAAACUUGACACGCAGCGCUCCGGCUACAUCACGCCGGAGGUCUGGUCCUCCUGGCUCGACGCCAUAGGCUUCCCCACCGACGAGAAUCUCUGGAAAAAGUCCCUCAAGGGCAAUUGGAUGUUCAGCGCCCAAGACAUUGCCGACGCUGAACUCAAAUGGUUUCUCGAAGCUUUCUACAUCGACCACAAAAGUGUAGUUCGGAAUCCGAAUGCCGCGCAUCAGCUUCCAUGGGGUGGUAUGCCUCUUCUAUCCCUUGCGGGCUUCACCCAUUUCAUGGCCAUGGAGGUGGCUUACGAGCCGGACACUUUAUUGAGGGGACUGAACAAUGCGUUGAGGUAUUAUGGCGUUGAAGUGGGGAAGGGACCGAUUCCCAGACAUGUAUUGCCUGAGAGGUGUCCGCCUGAGGUGAAGAGGAGAUUUCAUGAGGGGAGUGCACGGCUGACGGGAAGUGCGCAGGAGAAGUUGGAUGCGCAGAUUGCCAAGUCGAGGAUAGAGGCCAAGGGAAGGCAGGCGGCGCUGGAUUUGUUGGAUGACAGGCGGUAUGUUUACAGAUACUCUGACUUGAUCUGA